CCCAUCCUUCACUUCAUUCAGCAUAAUAAACACUGCUCUCUCUAACCUUUUCCCCAAACCAACUUACACUCAAAGAAAGCUUGUUCUCCUUCUGCCUAGUAAGAAGCAACUUGUUUUAGAAAGAAAAGAAAAACAGUGUCAUUGCUCUUUGGCACAAUAAGAUAAUAGAAAAUGGAAAGCGACAGGAAUUGGGAGCAGAACGCACUCAUCAGUGAGCUAAUUCAGGGGUUGGAGGUAGCAAGAAAGUUGAAGGAAGACUUGAGUUCAGCCUCUUCGGUUGACGCUAGGGACUCACACUCACUACUGCAGAGGAUAUUGUCUUCUUAUGACAAGGCUUUGCUUUUUCUAAGAUGGAAUGAAUCAGUGUCCAUGCAACAACCAACUAAAACUUCUUCACCACAGUCACCACUAUCCAUUGACAAAACUCCUCUGAGGGAAGACGCUGAAGAAGAUCAUCAAGAACUUAAACACAAUUCGAAGAAAAGAAAGAUGAUGCCGAAAUGGACGGAACAUAUUAGAGUGAAGAUCGAGAACGGCGUUGAAGGACCCCUCGAAGAUGGUUACAGCUGGAGAAAAUAUGGACAAAAAGAUAUCCUUAGUGCAAAAUAUCCCAGAAGCUAUUAUAGGUGCACCUUCCGCAAAACAAAGGGGUGCUUUGCCACAAAGCAAGUGCAGAGAUCAGAAGAAGACCACACUAUCUUUGACAUAACUUACCGAGGAAGUCACACAUGUAAGCGAAACGAUGCCGUUCUGCCGCCAAAGUCACCAGAUUAUACACAAGACGGCUCCUUGACUGUCAAAACGGAUAACAUAACGGCACCUUCCGCUUCGUUUGGAUGCAUGGCGCAAGAUAACUACCACGACUUAUUUCCUUCUUUGGUCUUAGAGAAUGAUCCAUUUUUUAGCACCCUUUCCCAAACAUCCUCGUUAUCUGCAAACACACCUGAAUCAAAUUAUUUUGUGUCUCCGACUUUCCUCGAACAUGAAUUCGAUGGGGUCUGUAACAAGCCCUGCCCUGAUUCUGAACUUGCCCGGCUGGUUUCAGCUGAUACAUCAAUCACCAGUUCUCCAAUUUUCGACUUUAAUUUCUCGCUCGAUGCAGUGGGAAUUGAUUAUCCAAAUUUCCCCUUCAAUAUAUGAAAAUAUGGUUAGCAUUUGCAGAAAUUGCACUUGAGAAUGAAUUUCAUACUAUUUUGUAGAAAGUAUGGUUAGCAUUUGAAGAUGAUGUAUAACACUCCAGACAGCACUAAUAAAUGCCCCUGUAGUUCAUUCUGAAUAACCACGUUACUUAAGGGUGGUUUAAUCAUUUUAAAUAACGAAUUCUCUUUAAACAAAACCCAUUUUAUUUAGAAUCAUACAUCUGAAUUGAUUGGGCUGUCUAAGCCCCAGACAAUCACCAGAAGCACCCUAUACACCUACAGAUUAACCCCCAGACAAUCAAAAUAGGGGAACGGUGUGUGAUUAUGCUGCAAAAUACGGGAAGAAUCUAGAGAGUUUGAAGGCUGACUUCUUAAGGGUUAAGAAAGUAGUGUGAAUUCACAGAAUCACAGAGGAAGCAGCAAAGCUAAUAAAUAAUAAUAGCCCAUUUUAAGCUGAUUGAACAUCGAGUGACGAAAUUAAAAUGUUCAUUUGCACGACUGGUGCUUAUAUUCCACGGUCCUUUAACUUUUUUCUUAAGUUAAAAAAAAAAAUACUUUCCCCGUGCUGUUGUAUUUUCAUCCAAUGCAAUUUAGUUAUAUUUCA